GACGUUCAAUUCAAAUUGUAUAGGUUUCCAAAUUUUCAAAAAAAGAAAAAAAAAACCACAAAAUUAAAAAAAAAAGUAAAAGACAUGGCGUGGUGCUUCCGCAACAUUCGGCGCCACAUGGGCAUGCUGGUGCGUCAGAACUUCGCCAAAAGUUGCGAGAAGAAGCUAAACGAGCAGAUUAACAUGGAGUUGAAGGCAUGCCACCAGUACUUGGCCAUGGCCUACCAUUUCGAUCGCUCGGAUAUCAGCUCACCCGGAUUGCACGGAUUCUUCCUGAAGGCGAGCGCCGAGGAGCGGGAGCACGCGGAGAAGAUCAUGACGUACAUGAACAAGCGGGGUGGUCUCAUCGUUUUGAGCAGUGUACCGGAGCCACUGCCCUGCUUCCCCAGCAGCUUGGCUGCACUGAAGCACGCCCUGAAAAUGGAACUGGAGGUCAAUCAGCAUCUGCUCGAUUUGCACGCCCUGGCUGGCAAGGAAUCGGAUCCGAAUCUCUGCGAUUUCAUAGAGGCCAACUUUCUGCAGGAGCAGGUGGAUGGCCAGAAGAUCCUGGCCGACUAUAUCAGCCAAUUGGAGAGGGCCCAAAACGAUGUGGGCGAGUACCUGUUCGACAAGUAUAUGGGUACGGGCAUGCAUCCUGCGAAUCGAAUCCCAUAAAGUGGACCGCCUUCUGAUGAAGAAUUCGGUUUUAUAUUCUGCUGCCCCAUGUGUGUUGAGUAAAGAUUCGUUGAAACCCAAAAGAUUAAUUUUUUGGCCGAUCAAUGGGUUGGCUUUCUUGCUGACACCUAUCAGU